AUGAAAGCCUUUGAAUUAUUGUCACAUGAUGGCCUUCGCAUUUCUGCCUUUGAUUGGCCAUCUUAUGAACAUCCCGAUUCGCCAACUGCUGUAAUUAUACUUAUUCAUGGUGUUGCAGAAUACAGCGGCCGAUACGAACAUGUUGCACACUUUUUUAAUGGAAACAAUAUGGCAAUGGUUUCAAUGGAUCUUCGCGGACAUGGUUUAAGUGAAGGAAAACAUGUUUUUAUAUCAACAUCUGAAAUCAUAUUUCAAGAUAUGGAUUUACUAAUAAACGAAGUACGAUCACGAUAUUCAUCGUGUCCAGCUAUUCUCUACGGACAUUCGAUGGGUGGAAAUUUGGUUUUAUCUUAUACACUCAAUCGAUAUCCGAAUGCAUCGGACAAAUGUCCAUAUCAAGCUCUAGUUGUGUCGAGUCCUUGGAUUCGUCUAGCUGGAUAUCUGCAACCGCCUCGUGCUGUUGAUGCAUUGAUUCGAAAAAUGGGUCAAUUGAGUCCAACUUUAAAAUUUCCACUUCGAUUCGAUCCGUCCAUGAUAUCACGUGAUGAAACGACGAUUCUUGCUUAUAACGAGGAUCCCCAUAUACGUCGAUCGACAACAUUAUCACUUGCUCAUUCAGUGGGCAGCAUGGCAAAAAUGCUUGAUCGAUCAUCGUGUACAUUUCAUAUGCCUGUAUUACUUCAACACGGUAGUGCGGAUGCAAUAACAAGUCAUAAUGCAAGUUUGAAAUUUGCUAAUCGAGGAAAAAAUAUUCAGUUUAAAAGUUGGAAUAAUUGUUAUCAUGAAUUACAUAAUGAACCUGAAAAAGAUUAUAUAUUUGGUUUUACAUUACGUUGGAUUUACGAUAAAAUUCUAGACUAG